UCUAAUUCUAAAGAGUUCCUUGGGUAUGGCGGCGGCUGUGCUGUUGAGGGUUUAUGGUGUUUCUGGGUUCGGAUGCUUAAAAUUAACGUAUCGUCGUCCCCGCGGUGUAUGCUGUCGAAAUAUUUCACAUGCCAAUCUUUACAAGAAGCCGAAAACUUUGGUGUUUAAUGGAACAUCAUUGCUAUAUAACCCUCUUACGUCAGCACGAUGCGUUUCAGCACGGCCGCCAACAACGGGUAUACCAUCUCCUGCAGACAAACCACCUGUUCGACAAUGUUUCCACCCUGGUACUGCGUCUCUUGCAAGGGAGGGGGAGCAGUUGGUCAAAGGUGGCCGGAAGAUCACUGCUGUAGAAAUGCUGAGUGCUAUGGGAGCAUACAUCUGGCCAAAGGAGGAUGCCGAUAUUCGCAAGCGAGUGCUUGUAGCAUUGGGCCUACUAGCUGGUGCCAAGCUGCUCAAUGUAUUUGUUCCCUUCACGUUCAAGUGGGCUGUGGAUGAACUGAAUGCCACAGCUGCUGAGCCUGCGCUGAGUCUUGCAUCAGCAGAGAGUACCGUCCUCACAUAUGUCACUGCUCUCCUCAUUGGAUAUGGUAUUGCAAGGGCAGGAGCAGCUGGAUUCAGCGAAUUGCGUAAUGCUGUCUUUGCAAAAGUGGCCCAGCAUUCAAUACGCAAAUUGGCACGCAAUGUAUUCCUUCAUCUACAUCGUCUUGACCUUUCAUUCCACCUUAGCCGCCAGACAGGUGCAUUGUCAAAGACAAUAGACAGAGGUAGCCGUGGCAUCAAUUUUGUUCUCUCUGCCAUGGUGUUCAACGUGGUUCCCACAGUAUUUGAGCUGGCCCUUGUGAGCACUAUAUUGGGAUCUCGGUAUGGUUCUGAAUUUGCUGCUGUUUCCUUGGGCUGUGUUGCUACAUAUGCUGCUUUCACGCUCGCAAUCACACAAUGGCGUACAAAGUUCCGUGUUCAGAUGAACAGGGCAGAGAACGAAGCAGGAAACAAGGCUAUUGAUUCAUUAAUUAACUAUGAAACUGUUAAGUAUUUCAACAAUGAGCGGUAUGAGGCAGACAGAUAUGAUCGGGUACUGAAAGACUAUGAGCAAGCCUCACUGAAGACGAGUACCAGUCUUGCUUUGCUUAAUUUUGGCCAAAAUGCUAUUUUUAGUGGUGCUUUAAGUCUUAUAAUGGUGAUGGCUGCCAAGCAAAUUGCUGCAGGGCAAAUGACUGUUGGUGACCUUGUAGUAGUGAAUGGUCUACUCUUUCAGUUGUCUGUGCCAUUGGGCUUCUUGGGAUCUGUAUACCGUGAAGUGCGCCAAGCUCUCAUAGACAUGCAGACAAUGUUCACUCUUAUGACUGUUGAUUCCAGUAUCAAGACAAAGCCUGGGGCUCCAGUGUUGUCACUUACCCCAUCAACGGCAACUAUUGAUUUCAGAGAUGUACAUUUUUCGUAUGGACCUGGCAAAAGCGUUCUCAAUGGACUCUCAUUCUCCAUUCCUGCUGGUAGCAAAGUUGCUAUUGUUGGUGGUUCUGGUACUGGAAAGUCCUCUAUUGUAAGGUUGCUCUACAGAUUCUUUGAGCCACAAACUGGGCAGAUUUUGGUGGGAGGACAGGACAUCCGUGAUGUUGAUCUGGACAGCCUGCGAAAGUCCAUUGCUAUUGUACCACAGGACUCUGUGUUGUUUCAUGAUACAAUCAUGUACAAUGUUCAUUAUGGAAACCUCAACAAAUCAGAUGAAGAUGUUUACGCAGCAACAAGAUUAGCAGACUUGCACGAUUCCAUCCAGCAGUGGCCACAGGGCUAUUGCACACAGGUUGGUGAGAGAGGACUGAAACUGUCAGGUGGUGAAAAACAGCGGGUAGCCAUAGCGAGAGCUGUGCUGAAAGGUGCCCCAAUACUUGUUUUUGAUGAAGCCACAUCAUCACUUGACUCAAUCACUGAACAUAACAUCCUCGAUGCCUUAAAACGUGCUACCAGUGGUCGCACCUCAAUCUGCAUUGCACACAGACUCUCUACAGUCAUGGACGCAGAUGAAAUCCUCGUUUUAAGUGGAGGCCGUGUUGUGGAACGUGGCACACACACCCAGCUUCUGUCGAGGGCAGAUUCACAUUAUGCUCGCAUGUGGGCUGUGCAACAAGACAAUGGACUGGGGACGGAGUUACGGGCAAAAAUAGCAUCCAAGAACUAGAAGUGAAGUUUUGAAACUAAUGUGCCAACCUAAUGCAAUUUACAGGUGUGUGUGUGAAUCAAGUCUGUAUGAAAUGAGUAUAAAUUUUUGAUCAAUUAAAAUUUAGUGACACAGUGGUGGUCUGCGGAGAUACCUUCUAGCUGUAUCUGAGCAAUGUUCUAUUUUGUAACUAUUUCUUAUAUAAAUUAUUGUGUUGUCAGAUAUGGUUAAUUUUGUGAUGUGAAUGACAGAAAUAUAAAAGUACAUGAAAUUGUUAAAGUAUUAAGUCAUUAACCAGUCUUCAGCAGAGGAAAAUGUGAAGAGUGCAGUGAAAGUGGAGAUACCUUCUAGCUGUAGCUGAUGUUCUAUACAUGAGAAACUGGGAAUUAGAAAUUUAAGUUCAAAAGCUUGAGACUUAAGUGUUUCAGCUGGUCAUGAAUUGAUUUCUGUCUUGUAGGUCAGUAACUGCUUAUGUAUGAUACUUUCAUACCAAAGUUCAUUAUUGUUUGUAGUCAUUAUUAACACUCGCUACACCAUCCUUUGUAUAUGAUAAGUCUUCUGCCUGGAGUAAUAUGAAAAGAAUUCGCAACAUUAUUUACAGAAUGUCUGUGGAAGAAUUAUACCGAACUGAAACCACAAGAAAGGCAAGAUAAAAUAGUAGAUAGGUCUAUCAGCUUAUUUCCGUAAUGUACAGGAUCAUCAAUAAAGUCAACUCCAACUGCAUAGAAAAACACUGGAUUUUAACCAACCAAAGGAGCACAGUAGAUUUAUCACAAUGGAUAUAUUGCAAGUUAUGAAAAAAAUUAUAGAAUGGAGCAGUGAGUAUGAAUUCAUAGAUUUUGAGAAGGCAUUUCACUCCAUUUCAUCGGAAACUGUGCUAAUAACAUUCUAUUACACAUAUGUUUGUAUACUUAAUAAUAUAUACAUCUAUGCAGCAAGUUCCAUAUUGCCAAGACUUUUCUCAGCAGUUUUCAGAAUUUCAAACUGGCAAAGGAAUACAUGUUUAUAAAACAUUUCUGAACCACUUACAUAUUGCCAAUAGCAUUUACCUUUAGUCCAGAUAAACAUGAAUGGAAUAAUAUAAUGGAGCAAAUUUGAGAGUAGGGAUGAAAAUAGAUAUCAGUACUGCUAAAACAUGAGGGGUCAGCUUUUAAGUUUUUAAAAGUUGUGGUAACUCAGAAACUGGCGCACACACAUUGGUUUACGGUAAGUGUUUAAAGAAACAGUGUUGUGAAAAAACUGAAAUGUCUUGCCAAGGUUUAUGUUGGAUGAAUUUUAGGAUUUCUAAAAGGCCUAUCUUGGCAGCAAUGCCUUGAAUCACAUUAACUUUUGGCAAUCUAUCAUCUUCAGAAAACACUGUACAUUUGGUUUGCAAAAUUUUGUCAUGGUUGUGCUUCUGUCAGUAUCAAAUUUCACAAAGAUUGACAAAAAAGGAGGGGGCUGGUGAGAUGAUGCUGUAGGUAAUACAACUGAAGAGCUUCAGCACACGAAAUACCACAAUGACAGUAGUACAUUCGAUUUUUCAUGAACUGUUUUUCAUUGUGACAUGGCCAGUGGUCACUCAGCACAUCAAUUUAUUAUUUGUCAGCUAAACACUGAAUUUAUUUUGUCAUUGCUCAUAUUUAUCUGAUGUAUUGUGUCUCCUUUCGUUUCACAUAAAAGCUGCGUGGCCAACAAUAUUAUUCACCACCAGAACCUGUUGAAUACUUCCAAUACAAUAUUGUCAAAACUGGUUCAGAAGCUUGCAAAAUUAAAAUUAUGUGUAUUUUAAAGACAAAUAAUUUGAGAAACAAAAUGAUGUGAGUAAACAAAAUUCUUCUAUUGUUUUUGUGGAAUCUUAAAAGUCAGCCCUUGUGAUGUAUAAUUAACACAGCAAAAGGAAAAUAGCGUGCAUUAAUGAUGAAAUCAAAAACCGAGUUGAAGUUACCUUAGCUGAAGAUGUGGCCAGAUGGACAGAAGAGUAAAAAUGGUCUUUAGUGAUUUUGGUACAUUGAACAGUUCUCAACAAGUCUCUGAAAUUAUACAAUCAGUGUGUGGUACCAUUUUUGAGACUUGGGUGCAGAGAGAGAGAGAGAGAAAAAACACUUUUCAAUGUGAGAACUAUUCAUACACAGAGUGAGUGAGAGAUGCAUAUUGAGAAUUAUUAGGGGAGAGAGAUUAAAAAGACAUAAUUAUGCCUAAUGAGAAACAAAUGGAUAUGGCAGAAUGUACAUAUUUGACACCUAAAGGAGGCUACAUGCCAAAUAGCAGACAUGUUUUCAACAACAGGCGGACCAAAAGAGAAAGAAAGCUCGCUAGACUGCUCAUGAAUAGAGAGCGCGCAGCUGGGCUACGGUAGUGUGCAUAGAGGAGAACAGUGAGUAUGAAGAGGGGUUGAGGGUGGGUAGCAAUUUGCUGGCUACAGGCCAGCGAGGGAGGGAGGUCGGAAUGGAUUUUUCACAGAUUUCCCAGUUAAAAAUACACUUUUUGUUGGGUGAAAAUACACUUUUUUCUGGAUGAAAACUCAGUUUUUCCCAGGUCAAAGUACAUCUUUUUUCUGUGUUAAGUGACAAGAACUUCCCAGCACUUUCGGAAAUGAAACCCAGGCGAAAGGCAAUAAGUCCCAUAAAGAUCUUUGGUGAGCGGCAACAUCUACACUGCAUAUUUUCGAAUUACAAAAGUAUAAACACACAUUCCAUAAAGUACAGCAUGGUAGCUUCAGAAGCACUGGAAUCUAGAUUGUGACGUGCUUUUGUCAGUCAAUUAUAGCUCAUGUCACGUGAUCUCACCAGCCAAUGACAGCAGAUACUCAGAGCAUAUGACAUGUAAUGUAGUCAGCCUAUAGCAUCAUUGUUAAGUAGCGUGAAAACACAAAUAAGAAAAGUUAAUGGUUUAAAUUAAUAUGCGUGCAUAUAGCUACGAGGAAAGUUAAGCUUUCACAUAUAAAACUGAUCAUCAAAAUGUUUUUGCUGUUUUCUGCCAAUAAGUGUGGUUAGGCAUCACCUAAGAGCAUAACUUAAAUUGCAGCAGCUGAAUAGUUCUGAUGACCACGAUUAUGAAUUUCAUUGCUGAGCACCGAACAUUUUGUAAGUUACCUGGCUGAAUACUUGUUCUGUCAAGCACUUAAUUUUCCACAGAAAAGCCAAUUACUUGUGAAAUUUCUCAAAAACUCACUUUGCACUUUCUUUUGGAAGAUAAUUAUACUUUUUGCCAUUGUUAUUGUGUACAUUGUAAUCUAUGAAACAACUAAAAUAAAUAUUACAAACUAA